AUGGCUUCACAGCAGCCCCAGCUCAAAAGCGCCGACAAACGAGCUCGCACGUCCAAGGACCAGUAUUACGAGAUUGUGAAAAUUGCCGCGGAGGCUCAGCUAGGCGCGCCCGUGGACAAGUCAUCGGUCGUCUGCUACGUGCAAAAACUGCUCAAGGAGGGCACGGCGGUCAAGGAUGUGGAGGGCCUCGAGCUCCUCGAGUGGGCAUGCUACGAUAUCAUGCCCGAGUCCUUCUUCCGGGAAGCCAUUGGCCCUCUCCGCGUGAGACUCGCCAAGAUCGCCCCCAAGGACAAGGUGACGGCCAUAGAUUGUCUCGAGUCCUGCCUGCUCCACUGGGACCUGAGUAGUGCGCAACAAGUUGCCGCUCUUCUUGAUCGAACGUUUCCUUCGGAGCGCAGAUUUCUCUUUUGGAACAUUGCUACCACCUACCUCUUUUCUCUGAGCGACCAAUGCCCCGCCGAUAAGCAGCGGCUCUACCGCGAGCUUUCUAUCAAGCAAAUUCAAAAAGCUGCCCAGGUGGCAGAGCAGGCAAUCGAAGCCAAGGCCAAGGACAAGCCUCCGCGCGGACUCCAGAGCGAAGAGGAGCUGCUGCUCUUCUUCGACAUGCUAGCUUCUCGAGGCGAUGUCGCGCAGGUCAAGGAGGCGCUUAAGGGCCCGCUACUUGACCCGAUUAAGGAGCUUCGACUCGGAAGGAAGGACCUCCUCUUCCGAGCCCUGCGCUUCCUUAGGGACGCCAAGGAAUGGACUCUCGUUUACGAACUCGCUAGGGACGCCCUCUACCCGGAAAGCGACAGCGAUGGGCGGGAGAGUCAAAUAUCUCUCCUUGCCUGCGACUGGAGAAUCUGGCAAGACCUAACCGAGGCAGCGACGCACGUUAUGCUGUCCGAUAUAGACUUUAUUGACAAGCAGCACGGUAGCCCGGCGUGCUUUGACGACGUUAAGCGUUUCGUCGAGCGGCUGAGCGCACCGGAGCUAAAAUACCUCGCUUACGAGCGACUCCCCGAGGUGGUUGCGGAGGCCGAGGGAUAUAGGUCAGUGGCGAUUCAAGUCAUUAUGCUCAAGAUUCGCUACCUCGCCACCACGACACCGCAAGGCGACAUCCUGCGCAAGGACCUCGCAGACGAGGCGGUCGACGUGGCGGGCGUCGCCAACGACGCUCUCCGGCUCUACCUCAGCCUCGAGGACGGCGAAUCCACGAGCACAGACAAAGAAAGCGAGCGUGCGCGACAGGAUUUCUUGCCCGAGCUGGCGGUGCUCUCAGCCGUAUGCCUCGUGAACCACGCCGGCGUGGGGACGACCACCUCACCGCGGGACAAGGGCGCGCCCAGGCCGGUCGACCGGCGCAGCCUCCUUCUCGCCGCCGCCGUGCUCGAGCACCAGCUGCAAAGACGCCCAAGCACAGCGGCGUACUAUUCCUACUGCCUUGACGUCAAGCGCACCAUCGUGGACGCCCUGGGCCCUGUCUUCUUCGACCGCCUCUCGGCCGUGGCACCCGAGUUGGCGUCUGGUCCGCUCCUAUCGGCCAGCGUGCAGUCGCACUACCGGACCUCGCUCAAGCUGCGCAUGCCGCGCCGGCUGGCCGACGCCUUUGACUGCGAGAGCUACUCGAGCAUCCUGCAGAUCCCCGAAUAUACUGAGAGGCUGAGGACGAGCUGUACCAUGGUUAUGGGGUAUGUGGAGGAGCUGCGGGCCCAGAGAGUGACGGGAACUCGUCGGGGAGAUAUCCUUGGUUCUGCGCUUCUAGAUCAUAUCACGGACGAGACGAAGCUUCAGGUCAAUAUCGACUACGGAUCCUUCCCUAACCUCGGAAGCAGCCUUCAUACACCUCUUAAUGCCGCCCUUACGCUGGGACCUGAUCUUUCGAACAACCGAUCACACCUGUCCCUUCUCGCGGAACAGUACUUUUCGCUUCUUACUUACAAGGCCCCUGCGGCCUAUAAACCCGCAAACCCGGCGGCGGCCUCGGCGGCUGAGCACACGCUCCCUCUUAUCCGUGCUGUCCUCGCUCACACUCGACGCCGUGCACUCGGCGCGCUCCUCCCCGUCAUUCAGGGCAUCCCUGCGCUUGCGACCUCUGCCACCGAGACGCUAGAGCUCCUCCUCGACCUCGCGGCUGCCAACCAAACCGGCAACGCCGACGCCGAUGCUGACACGACAACCCCGGUGGACAAGGUGGCGGGUACACUCUCGUCGCUGGUCGCUGUAUCGUACGCGCGCGACGGAGCGGCAGCGGCCCGGGCGGCAGCGGCUUACGUGCAGGCGCACCACGAUCGCCAGACGGCGCGGGACCGGUCGGGAGAGUCAUCCCUCCGCAAAGAGGUCCUGGCCGAGAUCAAGAAGCUCGACGGCGCGGCCAAGGAGGCGCUCAAGGAGGCGCAGGGAUGGAUCGUCGCGGCGCGCGGCGAGAUCGCCAAGUCUGGGUUCUCGCAGCAGCUUGCGCAGGUCCUGCUCGAGGCGGACGAUGGAGGCGCCCUGGGACAGAAGCUGGAGGAGGCCGUGGCCAAAGUGAUUAGACGCGAAGGCGAUGGCGAGGUCAACAUCCUGGCGAAGAAGAUCGCGGAUGGGUGGCGGGCGAACCUGGAUGGAUGGAUGCAAGUGAAGUGGGAGUAG